AUGGAACAAGCUGGUCUCGCACCGAGGAAGCCAGAGAGGUUGGAGUUUAUGUAUGAUCCAGGAUAUGGUGUUUCCUUUCAGAAUCAAGAUCAGCGAGCCAAUGCUAAUGCUGGUGGUGUUGGUAGUAGCAAUAACAAGAAGCAGAAUCAGUCGUUUCCUGGUGCGUUGUUUGACGAUAAGACACACUUUGCCAAUGAUUCUUGGCGGAAAUCCCACUCCGAUCCUUUGCUUCUCAUCAGGAAGCGCGAGCAGGAAGCUCAGAAAUCUGUAAAAGGAAAGAGAAAGGAUAAAGAUGGAGAGACGAAUGAGGAGGACAAGAGAAAACAUCGGCGCAUAGUGUAA